CGCAACUUCCGGUUCGCGGGGACUUUAAGAUGAAACCUUCUAUAAAAAUCAGAGCCCCAAUAGCACAGUCCAUCUCUCCUCAGCACCAAACACAUCAAACAAGAGCACAUAAUAUACAUUACUGAAUGUAAAGUGCUGUCUGUGAAAUUGGAAAAUGUGAGCAUUUGGACACACAGAGCUCGGGUCUCGGAUCAGGGAGUCCAAUUAUCCACCUUUCUUCCUUUCCCAUCUGGAAGCAGACUUCCUCCAUAUCUGUUCAGAGAGUGUGGAAAAGGCUAUGGAUGGUCACUCCUGGUGAUGAGAUCCUUAAGCAAGAAAUACAGAAGAAGUGGUCUUCUCUCAUUCAUGGGGAUCAUGCACGGAGAUGGAGACCGGCUCGGACCCCCACGGAGGGACUGCCUGUGUUACCUGGGACCACCGACCACCUUGAUGCCCAUCGGUAUGCGCAGAUCCCCCGAUGUGAGCCCCAGACGGCUGUCCGACAUCAGCCCACAACUACGGCAGCUUAAGUACCUGGUGGUGGAUGAAUCGAUUAAAGAGGACCUGAAGUCAUCUCGGUCUGUAGAGGACAUCAACAGCGCGUCCAUAGAGGAGAGGAUCUUGAGAAUUACAGGCUAUUAUGGUUACCAGCCGUGGAAUGCAGUUUAUAAGAGGGAGGACCGACCGCGGGAGAACAUCACGAGUACAGCCGAUGGACAGGCGAUGGUGGGCGGAGCUGGGGCGGAGUCUGGUACAGGGAAGCAGAGAAUACGCUGCUGUGUGCGAGUGACAGCCGUCCAGGUGCGAAAAGCAAUAUGGGGCGUGGCCAUGGUGAUAUGUGUGUGCACGUCAUGGGCAGGCUCCACCCAGUUGGCUAAACUGACCUUCAAGCAGUAUGAUGCACCAUUUACUCUCACGUGGUUCGCCACUUCGUGGAAUUGCCUCUUCUUUCCGCUGUAUUACAUCGGUCACCUGUGCAAAGGCCCGGAAAAACAAUCACCAAAACAGAGAAUUAGAGAGUGCUGCCGGUUCUUUGGGGAUGAUGGACUGACGGCGAAGGUGUUCUUCACUAAAGUGGUCCCUUUUGGGCUGUUGUGGAUCCUGAUAAACUACCUGUAUCUCCAGGCUCUGAGAAAGAUCAACACCACUGAUGUAUCGGCUCUCUUCUGCUGUAACAAAGCCUUCGUUUUUCUACUAUCCUGGAUCGUGCUGCGGGAUCGCUUCAUGGGCGUCCGGAUUGUUGCUGCCAUUCUGGCCAUUGCUGGAAUAGUGAUGCUGACGUACGCCGAUGGGUUUCACAGUCAUUCGGUUAUAGGAAUCACACUGGUGGUGGCUUCAGCAUCUGCCUCCGCUCUCUACAAGGUACUUUUCAAGCUUGUCCUGGGAAGUGCCAAAUUUGGAGAAGCAGCUCUGUUUCUGACUAUUGUCGGAGGUGCAAACUUUGUCUUCAUGAGCUUUGUGCCAGUUAUCCUGUACUUCACACAUGUUGAAUACUUCACAUCUAUAUAUGAGCUCCCUUGGGCUUUCCUGUGUGGAGUAGCUGGACUCUUACUAGCAUUUAAUAUGCUGGUGAACUUUGGAAUCGCUGUUACAUACCCAACACUGAUUUCACUUGGCAUUGUUCUGAGUGUCCCUGUCAAUGCAAUGGUGGACCUUUACACUUGUGAUAUUCACUUCAACACAGUGCGUCUCAUUGCUGUGUUCAUCAUCUGCCUGGGCUUCCUCAUGCUGCUCUUACCAGAGGACUGGGAUCAAUGUCUGAUUGAACUCAGCACUAAAUUCAGAAAACGCGAACAGCCUGUUGAGCCGGUAGAGACGGCAGGCGGGCUCAACUGGAGCCGACGGGCCAGGACCUCCAUGUCCACGUUUUCACACUGACACACGCUUGUCAUCUACAAGAAACUGGAUGGUUUUUGGAAUUGUUCAUCCCAUCAUCUUCAGUAAAGAAGGCUCUCUAGGAAUGGCUCUAUUUGCCAUGAUAACAAACAAUAUUUUUUUUUAUUCUCCCUUCUGACAGUGGAUGUCAACAAUGAUAAUGAAUUGGGAUUUAUUUCAUUGUCGUCUGUCCUUUUACUGUUCAUAAACGAAAAGUUCAGAAUUAAAAUAAUUCGGAAUUCUGUUACUCACUUUAACAUGAUGCCAUUUUAUUUUCACCUCAACAUAAAAAACAAGUUUUAUUGUUUUAUCAAUAUUCUUAUAAAACACUAUUAUAAAUUUAAAUUCAUAAUGUUUUGAGAAUAAUCUAAAUAGGACCUUAAAUUUUAUAAUGUAAAUUUACAUUUUGAUCUUAUUCUGAUUGUACAACUGUGUUCUUGAAAUUUAUUUUUAUAAAUGUUUUAUUUUUAUUUAUUUUUUCAUUUUUUUAACCUUUACAUUUUAUUUGGAUCAUAAAGAAAUGUUCAAUACAUUGUUUGAUAUUUUCCAUGCAUUAUUAUUGCAGAACAUACGACUCGUGCACAUAUGGUAACUAAAGCCAUACAAUAGCUUUCUGUAAAGGAACAAGAAGACAAAAUGUUUCUUAAUUUUGAUUAAAUUGUUCAAGUAGCAGCUCAUACAGCUUUAACAGAAAGGUUCAUAAAUAAUAAAUAUUUUAACAUUUUAUUAGUAAAUUUCACAUAAUCAUGUGCCAAACACUGAUAAAAUGUAUGAACCAUAACGUCUAUCAACCUACCUGAAAGGAUUUCAUCUCCCAAACUGUGAAGCUCAUGUUGGACAACGGCAACAUCCAGAGUCUCCUACAGGGGGCACCAAGAAGUCCAAACUGUUUACGCUGAAUAAAUUCCUUGUCAAAUCCAUUACAGUUUUACUGAAUCACAUGCUAAUCACUGUGAGGACACUUCAGGGUCAGUGUUGGCAAGUGAAGAGACUUUCCUCAGUCACACAACCGGCAAUGGGGCCAGACGUCCUGCGAAUGUAUGACCAGUUCUGAAAAGUGCACCCAUACUAUGAACUUUCCAAAGGUGGUGACCAGAACUAACACUGCACUUUUACACGUGCAACAUAUUCAAAUACACACCCUGCACUUCAUAAGACUCGAUUAUUCUUAUUUUAAUUUCUCGAUUUUAUGUACUGUCCCAAUAAAGGUGAUCUACAGGAAACCGCAUGCAGAAAAUGCCAACAAACGCUAGCUGACAGCUUCACUGCCUUUGAUUUGCAAUAGAAACUCAUCAGCACUGUCUCCCAUUGUCAUUGUUAUAAUGACAAUUAAUAUGAUAUUGUAUUCCUCUGGAAUUAUUGCUAGACAUUAUUGUAAACCUUUGUAAGGAAUGAUUUUUACACAGAAAUGCAUUAUGAUCACAUUUGAGGCAAAUGACGUCGAAACAAAUA